AAGUUUAAUUAAAUCAUAUUCAUGAUCCAUCCCUCUACAGUACAAGUUUGACUUUGACCAGUCAUACCCUCAACUAUCAUAUUUUAUUAAUGCACAUUAUCCUCACUUAGAAUUCCGAAGGCAGCUCUAAUGGGCAUUACAUUUUUGUUCGUUUUUCACUCCCUAUGCUGCUGCUGCUUCUUCUACGCUCGCCUCUCCAUCUCCAUCACCCCAGAAUGCCACUCUGCUGACUUUGAAGCCCUGCAGCGCUUUGCCAAUCUGGUCGAGCCUCCGUUUCAGGGUUGGGACCCGUACUAUGGCUCUUCCUGCUGCACUUGGAAAGGAGUCACCUGCAACUUCGACGAUUCCGGUGUCGUAUCCCGAGUUGUCGCUUUGGAACUUCCGGGCCAGAGUUUGGGAGGAAAAGUUCCAGAGUCUUUGGCAGAUUUGGUUCAUCUCACAACUCUCAACUUGUCAGCCAACCUUCUCACAGGUUCUCUCCCGCCCAAUGUCUUCCUCUUGCAGCAUCUCCAAGUUCUUGACUUGAGUUCCAACUAUCUCUCUGGCCAUGCCCCAUUCAAUAUCAAUUCAUCUUCCAUCAAGUUUAUAAACAUUUCAACGAAUGGAUUUACCGGAAUUUUCGAUCCUCGAGGCCUAUGUCGAACUGCAAAACAGAUCAAAGUAUUGGAUCUGUCCUCAAACAUGUUUCAAGGGAAUGUUCCAUCAGGUUUUGGGAAUUGCAGUUCCUUGGAACACCUCUCUCUGGCUUCCAACUCUCUCUUUGGGAAUUUGCCUCAAGAUCUGUUUGCUUUGUCCAGGCUCAGAAAUCUUGACCUUAGUGAUAAUGGGUUCUCCGGGGAGUUGAGUUUCCAAAUUGGGAACCUCUCGAAUCUCGUCUUCUUGGAUAUUUCUUCAAACCGAUUCUCGAAAUGGCUCCCGGAUGUCUUCUUCCACCUCCGAAAGCUUGAGCAAUUYGCCGCAUCGUCGAAUAACUUCACAGGUGUUUUGCCUGUUUCAUUGUGCAAUUCACCAACCAUUUCAUCGCUUAGCCUUGACAAUAAUUCCUUCAGUGAUUCAAUCAAUGCUAUUAAUUGCUCAGCCAUGGUUCGUUUGACAUCUCUGAACCUUGGCUCCAACCAUUUCGUUGGCAAUUUAGGAAGUCUCUCAUCUUGCCACCGACUUCGAAUCGUAGUUCUUUCAAGGAAUUGUUUCGAUGGUGAUUUCCCAGACAGCUUCAAGAAUCUCAAAUCACUUUACAGCUUAUCGAUGUCGAGUAAUGGCCUGCGUAAUCUAUCAGCAGUAUUGACAACUCUACAACAUUGCAGAAACUUGACUAUAUUGCAUCUUAAGUUCAAUUUCUAUGGAGAGGUUAUGCCAUUCUACGAUUCAAACUUCAGAUUCGACAAUAUCAGACUAUUAUUUAUUGCUAAUUGUGGGCUUACCGGUUCAAUUCCUCCAUGGCUGAGCAGUAGCCCCAAGCUGCAGAUUCUGGACUUGUCCGGUAACGCUUUGAGUGGAGAAAUUCCGUCAUCGAUUGCUGCUUUGCGAUCCCUCUUCUACUUGGAUUUAUCCAACAACUCAUUAUCCGGCCGAAUCCCAAGCAGUUUCACCCAAUUUCAAACCCUCGUUAAUUUCAACAACACGUUAAAAGAGGACAUAAUCGAGGGCUUCCGCAUUAUCAACAAAGAGAUCCGAAACUCAUGGCGACCAUACGUGAAACUUUCAGAGGUUCCGCCAUCACUGUACCUUGGUUACAACGAAUUGAGCGGAUCCAUUUGGCCGGAGUUUGGGAAUCUGAAAGAACUCCAUGUACUAGACCUAAGCAACAACAAACUAUCAGGACAAAUUCCAACCACUCUAUCAAAAUUGAUGAAUCUGGAAAUCUUGGAUCUAUCAUACAACGAUCUAACAGGACCAAUUCCAGCUUCACUGCAGUACCUCCACUUCCUUUGGAUGUUUAACGUGUCUCACAAUCAACUCCAGGGCCGCGUCCCUUCCAAUGGGCAAUUCCAGACAUUUCCGAGUUCGAGCUUUGAGGGUAACGAUGAACUCYGUGGAUUCCUAACUCUUCCUUGUGAGGAACAAGAAACUGGAUCCACCGACGAAGGAAACUCAACGAGUGAAGAUGAAGAAGAAGGGUUUGGGUCUCUGGUGAGGGCGCCAUUGGGCAUCGGAGUUGCGUUCGGGUUUGUCACGACGGUAUUUUGGGUCCUAAUGUUCUCGUGCGGCCCAACUUGCUAG